UAAAAAUUAAAAGACUACCAAAAUAUAGUCUACUUCAAUAUAUACUUCUAGUAUGAUAAUAUCUAAUCUGUGCUUUAAAAAUUUUCUGCGUAUUGAUUUGUUUUGAUUGUGAAUAAAAGAUGUCAUCAAUAAUUCAACGAGACGACAACAUUCCACUAGCUGACGAUGACCCUCAAGUAAUUAUUAGCGAUGAAGUUGAUAAUAAUCGUUUGGACCACGGAAGGUCUAUGGACUCUUUACCGAGCUCUUACACAGGAUCUUCAAGUCCAGGAUUGAAUGGUCACCCAAGCUUUGAACCUGAUUCAGGAAUUGAUGAACAAGAAGAAAAGGCUCGGCUCAUCUCCCAAGUUUUGGAGUUACAAAAUACUUUAGAUGAUUUGUCACAAAGAGUGGACUCUGUCAAAGAAGAGAAUUUGAAACUGCGUUCGGAAAAUCAAGUGCUAGGUCAAUAUAUUGAAAACCUUAUGUCAGCAUCUUCUGUCUUUCAAUCAACAACACCUGCAAAACAGUAAAAUAUAAAUUAUCUCUGAGUAAAAAUAAUUUUUACCAAAAUUUUAUAACUAUUAACUGAAUUUUAGGUAUACUUAUGUAAUUUAUCAAAUAUUUCACUCUGGAGGUAUAAUUAUAAAUAGUCUAUUGCUAUAGAUUAUUUUUGGGCACAAAUAGCUUUAUAAUAUAUUGCUCAGAGGUUAGAUGCUGCUUAUGGAUAAUUAUGAUUACCAAGCAUAACCAUUUAAAGUAUUUGCAAUGUUUAUGUGUAAAUGUGCAUUAUAAAUUACUUAGCCUAUUGAUGAUGUUUAUAAUGAUUGUAUUUUAUUUUUAAGUCUGAUUUCUUUAUGAAAUUGAGCAAUAUUGGUAAUUGGGUAAUAAUAAAAUAUUCUGUUGCAUACAUUCCAAAUUGUAUUUAUCAGCUAGCACAUAGCCAAUUUAGCCAAAUAACAAAGGCUUUAUGAUAUCUCAUCAUAGAUUUAUGAAAUAUGUAACUGUAUGAUUAAUAUUUUAAGCUUUUAAAUAUAGUUAUUGAAAAGUGUUCACAAUACUUUAUUAUCAUGGUUAUUAGCCACUAUAAAUAAAUUAUUUAUCCUGCCAACUGGUAAGUGAUUUUCUGCUUGAA